AUGAUGACAGAAUUUUUUGAUCAUCCACGUGUUCCCCCCAAAAUUCGCAUAGAAAAACUUCGUAGGGAUUGUAAAGACCAUGAGGAAAAGAUAAGUAAACUUCGAACCUUUUAUAGCAAUUUUUGUAAAAACGAAAAGGUUAAAGAUGUUCAAGGAUAUCUUGAUGACCUUGGCAAGAAAUCGGGAGAGCUUGAAACCGUUACCCUCAGGCAAAUUAAAAAACAAACUUAUUGGACAUUUCACGCAAAGGUUUUUAAAGCUACAGAGAUCUCUUACAGGUUCUCGAAAUCAAAAGCAUUCCUUAACAUAUUCGAGACUUGCAUACAGAACAAGAAGGACAAAUUGACCACCGAAAGUCUGGCGACAAUGCUUACAGAAGAAGUAUAUAAGAAAUUCAACGAGUUGUGUAGUCAAUACAGAGAAUGGGAGAAGAUGAAAUGUUCCCAGGGGAGUAUUCUAUGGAACAAUGUCCCUAAAGUUGAUGCUGAGCUUGACAUAAUGGGAAAUUUUAUUCAGGUGGAAAACAAGGAAAAAUUGAUUAAAACGCUUUCUUAUCUUUCGGAAGUUCCGGUGUACAUUCAAAGACUUCAACAACUAGAAUUGGUUCUCGACAUAUUUAAUGUUAUCAAAACCAAUAACAGCUUGCUUAAUAAUUUGACAUUGGUUCUUCGAAAUGAUUAUUUGUGGCUCGGAAGAUUGGUUGACUACUUUGGACACUUUAACAAAUAUUUUUCGGAAGUUGACAACGCAAGCUGGGAAUUAAUAAAAGAGUUAUCGUCAGCGGGUGAAUUCAUAGAAUUUCUUCGAACGAUUGCUGAACAUGAUAUUAAGAAUAUGAUCAAUGGUGUUGAGGGUACCAACGAAAGGCUUAUUCAAGAGGACACGGUAUCAUCAUUGAUUCAAGUCAAGCAAUUUUUGCUUCCAUUGCUUAAUGAUGCGGGAAGGUUGACGACCAAAAAAUUUUUGAGUAAACUCUGCGCGAUUUCCAAAUCCAAUUCUUCGCUUAGUAUUAGGGUUAAAGUUUGCGUUAAUAACAGCUCGUCAUUGAAAAAUAUGUAUCGAAACAUUUCGAACAAAGGCGAGGUGACAGUAGAGAAAAUUAUGAACUCUGUGAAAAGAGGGACUUACACAUUUCAAAAGAAUAAGGACGACAGUUGCACUCUGUGCUUAACCUAUCCGACACUCCAAGGUGAAUCAUGUAAUCUGAACUUGAGUGACCUUCAAGAUCUCCGAGGACGCGCCUUGUUAAUCACGAAACCUGGAGCAUCCAAUGAAUUAAAUAUUGGUCAAGCAGACGAGGAACAAUUUUCGAAAGAUCUUACUGACGAAUUUGUGACUCAAGUUGACUUGGCACAAGAGAUUCUUAUCGUCACAUCAAAAUUAAUACAAAUGGGGCACCUCGGGCAUCGUAACUUCAAGGAAACUGUCAAGGGAACCGCAAGAAUGCUAGAGUUAAAGAAUGAGUUGGAAGAAAGUCUGAGACAAUGGAUUGAGAAAUACGAUCCAGUGCCGAUAUCAAAUCUUCAGCG